AUGGGUUUCCCAACACCUUCCUCGCCGUCGAUGACCUUCCCCACAGCAGCAGCCAUGGCUCAUCCCGGUCCUAUGACACCUGCUCCUGCAAUGCCGAUGUAUUCCGCCGCUACCACACCUACCACUGUGCCAAUGAGUUAUCCGACUUCCAGUACGCCAACAAGCUACAAUGUUGCUGGUACGAUGAGCUAUACCACUCCGGCACCACCUGCCGCGGUCACAACCAGUUAUGCUACUCCGGCGGCUAUGAAUUAUUAUAUGGCUCAACUUCCUACCCUGGCCCCCAUGACCUAUUCCCCACCUUCGCUACCCUCACCAGCACCUUCCUUACCUUCACUCGCUUCAAUGGGAUAUCCUGCACCCCCGGCAGCUAUGUUUCCGCCAAUGGGCUAUCCUACAAGUUCAGUACCGUCAGCACCUACAACUAUGGGUAAUCCCCCACCAAUGCCACUUCCGGCUGCACCUAUGGCACUUUCACCUUUAUCAAUGAGCUACUCUGCUCCACCGUUAACUACACCGGCACUAACAGGCUAUCCCGCACCUUCGGCAGCCACACCCACACCGAUGGGGUAUGCUGCACCUCCAUCAACCACGGCAACACCAGCAAUCUAUGCUUCACCUCCAGUUAUGGCUGCUGCAUCAAUGGGCUAG